GUACCUUAGGUAUUGGCAUCUCUUGGCCCUCCACCGGCAAUCGUUUGUUCCCUCGUAUCUUGUCUUUUUUGUCUCCUUGUCAUACAUCCCCCCUGUCUCCAUCACUUUCCCAUUACAUUCGACAUGGCGUCUCUUCAAAAGCCAAGCCGAUCUACACGACUAUCAUCGCAGGCGUUGGAUUGAAACAUGGACGCUUCGACGGGCGGCGUAGUCAUCGUCGUCGUUUUCGGGUGUGUCUUGGCCAUUGACGACAGACUACGACUCGCGCAACAACACAAAAACAAGGCACUCGAGCUUGAUCAGUCACUCUCAUCCCAUCGGGGCCGCCGAGGCACAAACGGAGUGGAGAGAAGGUCCACACGGAUACGUCGCCGUUCCGGCAUCCAAUCCCGUCGCUGCACUUUGUCAGAUGCGAACGACCACCGACCGGCCGAAUCGUCAUCGGGGGUGUUUCCCGUCUGUCUGUCUGUCUCCAUCCCCCCAAACAUCCUGGUCUAUCCAUCCCUAACUUAUCUGACGUCGUCUCCAUCUCAACUCCAAGGCUGGCUGGCUGGCUCCAACCAAGCUCGACUCGAUCGGAGGAGCCCAGUUCCACAUCAUCUCGAACCUCGGCAUCUUCCCCUUUCGGACAUUACCCUUCUUCCCACUCGGCGCCCUAUCGCUCCAUGUCCAAGACCACCACCGACCGAUGCUUCUGGCUUUUCGUCUAAUUGUGGAGUUUCCCCUGCCCUUACCUAGGCUCGGCCGUCGUUCCGCGCAUGUCGCCGCCAUCCAUCAUCUUUUCGAUAAAUAUUAGUAUGCCUCGUCCUGAAGCCCGUCCCUCUUGGGCGCAAGAAAAAAAGGGGUUCUGUCCUACUCUACUGUAUUCGUAUACCUUGUCAACAUCACGAUCGACAAGAGACUCAUCUUUUCUGUCACCUUGCACAAGACAGCAAUUUCUCCCUUAUAUCGGCGCAAACCUCCCUUCCUGAACAGUGGCUCGACAUAUAUUAGUUCCCCUCUUCUCGAUUCCAUUUAGAGGUAUCCUGAUAAAACAGGCACUCAAUUACCACAUUUCAAAUACAACCACACACAACUACACACAAUGGCAACAACAGAAGGCCCAGAGUUCACGGCCAAGGAGGUCGCUGCCCACAGGGAAGCCAACGACUGCUGGAUGGUCAUCCACGGUGAAGUCUACGACGUCUCAAAGUACAUCCAUGACCACCCCGGCGGCGCAGAUGUGCUCGUCGAGGCUGCUGGCGUCGACGCCACAGAAGCCUUUGAUAAUGCAGGCCACUCCGAGGACGCCUCUGAGAUCAUGGCCACAUUCCGCGUCGGUAAGCUCAAGGGCGUGAACAAGCGCUCCGCCCCCAAGGCCGUCCGCCUCGCUUCCAAGUCCACAACCGCCGCCCCGGCUUCCUCCACCGCCGGCUCCGCCGCUCGCGUCGCAUCUCAGGCCGCCGCCGCCGCCCUUUUCAUCGGCCUCGGCGCCGUCGCCGCCCGCCACGCCUCGUCCACCCCGGCCGGCCAGGACGCCAUCGCCGCCAUCCAGAGACUCAACCUCCAGUUGCCCUCAUGGCUGUCCCUCGGCGGCGCCGCCCGCACCAAGCGCACCGGCUUCGGCUUCGUCGAGGGCUUCGCCGUCGCCUCGGCCUUCUUCGCCGUCGCCGGCUCCAUCGCCGCAAAGGAGGCCUCCAAGCUCCUCCACUAUGAAAUCACACCGAUGCACUACCGCCCGCACCAGAAGAUGCCCAAGGUCGCCAAGCCCAACCCCCUCAACCAGCGCGGCUGGCUCGACCCGGUCUCAUACCACCCGCUCCCGCUCGCCGAAAAGACCCUGCUUGCCCCCAACGUCUACCGCUUCGUUUUCGAGCUGCCCACGCCGACUACCGUCCUCGGCCUGCCCAUCGGCCAGCACGUCUCCAUCAAGGCCGAGAUCGACGGCAAGUCCGUCAGCCGGUCCUACACGCCCACCUCCAACAACUCGGACCUCGGCAAGCUCGAGCUUGUCAUCCGCUGCUACCCGGACGGUCAGCUGACGGGCAAGUAUCUCGCCAACCUCGAGGUCGGCGACGAGGUGCUCUUCCGCGGCCCCAAGGGCACCAUGCGCUAUCAACCCAACAUGGCCAAGAAGAUUGGCAUGCUUGCCGGCGGCACCGGAAUCACCCCCAUGUACCAGCUCAUCCGUGCCAUCUGCGAAGACGACCGUGACACCACCGAGGUCAGCCUUAUAUACGCCAACCGCUCCGAGGCUGAUAUCCUGCUGAGGAACGAGCUCGAGGCCUUUGCGAGACGGUACCCCAAGAACCUCAAGCUGCACUACCUGCUUGAUGCGCCGCCCGAGAACUGGGCAUACGGCGUGGGCUACGUCACCCAGGAGAUGAUGGCCGAGCGCUUUCCCGCCCCCGGCGACGGCUCGCGCGUUAUGCUGUGCGGCCCGCCGGGCAUGGUGGCCGGCGCCAAGAAGUCGCUGGCGAACCUGGGCUUUGAGAAGCCCGGCGCCAUCGCCAAGAUGUCGGAUGCCGUCUUUUGCUUCUAA